AUGUCCGCGACAUUAAGAUCGAAUGUCCACGUAAAUUUUUUGGCACCUGAUUAUUUAGAUGUUGACGAUUAUUUUAAAAAAGUAGGUGCCCAAGACUGGAGGCUUAAGCAUUACCUAAAUUAUCGUUUGGAAACCGAAGAUAUAAUUCCAAGCUGGACCACAGUUUACGAAGAUUGGAUUAAUUCUCUCAACAUUAUCUCAAAAACUAAUCAUAAAAAAAUCCCGUCACAGGAUGACAACGAUGACAACAAAGAAGGCUCGUCAAAUGAAAAACGUAGUCGACAUGAGCGCGAAAACGUGUUAUUCAAAUUGACUCACGAACUUUUGGAUUGGGAAUUAAGUACACCAAAACAAAAUUGGCUAGAUAAAAUAGCACGGGAACAACAAUUGUUAACUUCUGCAAUGUUUUCUAAUAAUGAUACAAAAAUCCGAUAUGAAUUGUCAUUUAAUCCAAUCUUGUGGAAAAUCAUUGAUUUAUAUGACCAAAGAAUCAUGAACCUUUUAUCAGAAAAUGAAUUAUCAGAAUUAAAUACAGCAAUUUCAUCUUCUCUUAAAAAUUGGACGAUCUUGGAACCUAUGGCAGAGAUAUCUCUAUUCUUUAGUAAAAGGGGUACACAAGGCGCAAUUCUUGAACUGCAAAAAAUAUUAAAUAACAUUAAAGAAAAAACACCCGAAGAAUCUGAUGAUGAUCUCUUUGAGGAUAAAGAUACUUUCGAAAAAUGA